AAGGUGACAAAUCAUUUUUUAUCUGUCCACAUAAACUCAAUGAGUCAUGAGUCAGUCUGAAGCAGAACAGCAAUCCCACCAAAACUAAACAAAUUUUGAUUCCACCCAUAUAAAGACCAGAAUCCUCUGCUGUCGCUCAUCUGCAGCUGUGAGGCCUCAGCAGCUCCACCAUGCCUGUCGCUUAUAGAAAUCAGCACUAUGCUGAGCUGAAGAAGCAGCACAACCAGAAAGGGACGCUGUUUGAAGACCCAGAAUUCCCGGCCACCAAUUCAUCUAUUUAUUACAAUGAACCCCCUGAAGGAGUUGAAGUUGUGGAGUGGAAACGGCCCGCGGAAAUAUGUGAAAACCCACAGCUCUUUGUAGAGGGCAUCAGCUCUCAUGACUUGAACCAGGGGACAGAGGGAAACUGCUGGAUGGUUGCUGCCUGCGCCUGCCUGGCUUUAAGAAAGGAUCUCUGGGAGAAAGUAAUUCCUGACUGGAAGGAGCAGGAGUGGGGUUCAAACUACGCUGGAAUUUUUCAUUUCCGGUUCUGGAUCUUCGGUGAGUGGAUAGACGUGGUGAUAGACGACCGGCUGCCAACAAGCGACGGACAACUCAUCUACUGUCAGUCAAAACAGAACAAUGAGUUCUGGAGCGCCCUGCUGGAGAAAGCCUACGCCAAGCUCUUUGGCUGCUAUGAGUCCCUGAAUGGAGGCAAUACUGGAGAUGCUGUGGUGGAUUUCAGUGGAGCCGUGGCGGAAGCCAUCGACCUGCAGGAAGGGAAAUACUACGCAGAUCAAGUCAAACAAGAUAAGUUAUUUGAUACUCUUCUCAAUGUGUGGGAUCGUGGAGGAAUCAUCAGCUCCUCCAUCAAGACACAGGGAUUUGGUCUUGAGUCAAGGACGGAAAAUGAACUGGUGCGAGGCCAUGCGUACUCGAUAACUGAUGUGAAACGAGUGCGUUUGAGUCAUGGGCUGCAGACCUACUUCAAGAAUGAAACCAUCCCACUUAUCCGCCUGAGGAAUCCCUGGGGUAAAACUGAGUGGACAGGAGCAUGGAGUGACAGUUCUGAAGAAUGGUCAAAAGUCGGUGACACAGAAAAGAGGCAACCUUGGCAUCACAGUGUGGACGAUGGAGAGUUUUGGAUGUCAUUCACAGACUGGUGCAAGAACUUCACUGAUGCAGACGUUUGCCGUCUAAUAAACACCUCACUGAUCAGCAUCCGUAAGAACUGGAAUGAGGAAGUGAACUUUGGGAAAUGGAUUCGAAACAGCGACCCCCUGCUGAACCGCUGCGGAGGUUGUAUGAACAACACGGAGACAUUUCUGCAGAACCCACAGUAUUUGUUUGAUGUCACCAAAGAAUCUGACGAGGUCCUGAUCUCACUGCAGCAGAAAGACAGAAGGAUCCACAGGAAAGAAGGUCAAGGAAACAAUCUAAGCAUCGGUUUCAGGGUCAUGAAGGUGGAGAUAAACAGGAAGUAUCGUCUGCACAACAUGGAGACGCUAAAAUGUGUGCACAAGUCCAGCUACCCUCAUGCUCGGAUGGUGUUCAUGAGAUGUGAGCUGCCACAGGGCCGAUAUGUCGUCAUCCCGACCACCUUCGAUGCUUUCGUAGAAGGAGAGUUCAUGCUCCGGCUUUACACGGACGUGGACUCCGGCUGUCGGGAGCUAGUGAAGGACAAACCGCAGACUAAAUGUUGGACUCCACUUUUUGGAUAUCCUCAAGUCGUUACUCACAUAUAUGUGGACAGAGCUGAGAUCGGUCAGCAAGGAGACCGGAGGGUAAGAUAA